UGCAGUCAACUAACUAUAUGAUUUCGACUUUGACAAAACUUUAGUCUUUUACUUGAUGUUUUAUAAUCUUUAAUAGUCUUCGUGUUUAUUUAUAUGUUACAAAUAAAUAGUCAGAUAUUUAUUAUAUCAUAAAUACAUACAUCGAGUUCACUCAUGUUCACUCCUGUUGUCGUAUCCACUGUGCUCUUGAUGAACACAUAAUUACUUUUUCCUUUUUAGAAAAUCUGAUAAAACGCAAAUUGGUCAAGGCUUUCAGUUCAUCGUUUCCCCUCCAGGAAUUUUAAAAAUAUUCGAAUUUGUGGCGCUCUUGAUAUCUCUGUCAUGUAUCGCAGCUUUUAUGAGCACUUUGAACAACACUCGAGGCACGUGGAAUUUUUUCACAUUUUGCGUGGCGUGCACGUGGAUUUUCACCAUAGUCUCGUUUCUUUUCUUCACUGUUGGCGGACACAAGAUUCUUCACCAAGUAAAUUGGGUUUUAGCGAUGGCAAUAAUCUAUGUCAUUUUCACCGUAAUGCUGUUGAUCUCUGCUGGUAUUUUGGCCGAUAAUACGAGAUCAUAUAAAGCUUCGGGUCUUUGCGAUUCUUGGAAGUCUGUUCAUAAAGAUAUUGAAUGCAAUAAUCUUGUUGUCGCCGUGGUAUUUGCCUUUACUGCAUUUAUCCUGUAUAUUGUGGAUUCAUCAUUUCACUUUUGGCUGAGUGUCGUUGCAACUGAUUCUGGCAUUGAACUUGAAACGGCCGAGAUGGAGAUAUGAAGAAUGGAAAAGAGUGGUUAUCUUCUUGGUGUUAGAUUGAAAUGGAUUAAAAUAUUUGAGUUAUGGAAGCACCAUCUUAUCUACUAUUUGUAUUACAUCAUAGCUUGCCAAGUGUAUAGAGAAUCAGAAUGUAUGCUAAAUGUAUCAAAAUGCGCAUAUGAAAGCCAGAAAAAUGGUUUGUGAAAAAGUUAAGACUCUUUACGACUUUGCUGGCAGUAUUUAAUAUGAAGAAUCGUGGGCGUUUUGUGUCUCGAGUUGCUAUUUUUGCGACUUUCAAUUUGGGUCUUUAAUCAUUUAGCUGUGCAAGCUUACUUACAUGGUAGCCAUUUUUUCGAUUCCAAAUGCAUCUUUGCAUUUGCGCCUUUUCCCUGCAUUUAACAAAAAUAAACGUUCAAUAACACGGUGCAAUAUAGUGAUAAAUCUUUGCAAUAUUCAUUAGAACAAACAAAAAAUCAUUAACCUUUUCAAA